AAGAAAGCAGCAGAUAAAUGAGCUAAUUUAGUCACUGUCAUAUGGUUUCAAGCUGAUGUUCAAGUGUUUUCAAUCAAAAAUAACUAUUUUAAAAUGUUCGUUGCCUCUGUAAAGAAAGUAUUGGAAUCUUCAGUGCAAAAAUAUUUGAAAACUACCAUCAAAAGUGCAAGUUUCUCAGCAGAAUCUGUAAAGACUUCGACUGAUCAUCGAUACGUGGUUGUUGGCAUUAAUAAAAGUGGGAGUAAAUCAGACUGUGAGCAAUUGAAAUAUCCAUUGGUUUGGUUACGUGACAAUUGUCAGUGCUCAAGUUGCUUUGAUGCUCCGACAAAGAGUCGCAUUAUUGAUUGGACCAAGUUCGAUUUGAAAAAUGCUCAACCCAAAUCAGUUUCCAUCAAUAAGCAGCUAGAGGUGAUUUGGAAAGAUGAUCAUGUGUCGAAAUUCGAUUUCAAAUGGCUGUAUGAAAGGAGUUUCACGGCAGAGAGCCGGCAAAAAUAUUUAGACAAUCAUUAUCGUCCGAAGCCAAUGCUAUGGUCAAAAGAACAAUUCCAAAUGAAGGAGUUCAAAACUGGUGAUGUUUUUGAGAACGAUGAAGCACUAUAUGAUUGGUUGGAGACACUAGCACGAUAUGGCGUUGCAAUGAUCAAAAAUGCGGACCUAACCGAAGACCAAGCCAGAAAAUUGGCCAAUCGAAUAAGCUUCAUUCGAAAGACAUCAUAUGGCGAGGAGUUUAUUGUACGUGCAGAUCCCAAUGCCACGAAUGUUGCGUACACUUCGAAUCUAUUACAAAUUCACACCGAUCUACCGUACUACGAAUAUACACCAGGUGUAAACCUAUUGCAUUGCAUUGCUCAGACGAAAUUGCCCGGAGCAUUCAAUAUGCUGGCCGAUGGGUUUCACGUGGCCGAACGGCUGAAAAAGGAGAAUCCCAAAGUAUUCAAAUGCUUGAGCACAACGUUAGUGAAUUGGAGUGAUUAUGGCGCUGACGGUGGUACUCGCUUUGAAACUAUUCAAAGAAGCCCCGUCAUUUGCUUGGAUUAUGAAGGCAAUAUAACACGGAUCAACCAUAGCAUUCCACAACGGGACACCUUCUUUUCGGUCGAUGCAGAAGUAGUGGAUGAAUGGUAUUCGGCGCUGAAAACUUUUGUUGAUUUACUGCAUGAAGAAGCGGUUUACUUCAAAACAGAACCAGGAGAUAUUUUGACAUUCUCGAAUAUAAGACUAGUGCACGGCCGAACUGGAUAUACAGAUACUGAGGGCAACGUACGACAUAUAGUCGGUGCCUAUGUUGAUUGGGAUGAGAUAUAUUCACGACUACGAAUUUUAGCUAAUGACAAACGAAUGAAACGCUAAAAAAACACUUUAUUUUACACCAACAUUUUACUUUGCGUGUGUGUUCUAAGUGGGUUUUCAAUCGAUUGAUUUAUUAUGACCGAUAAUUGAACCCGUGAGCAUAAAAACGACUUAUUAAACAAUCGCCGAACCAAACGAUACAAGAAAAAACUACCAAACAAAACACACGUUAAAAACGUAACACAGCAGGACGGUACCGUUCAAAACGAAACUCCGCUGUGCUACACAUUACCGCUGUGGUACGUUUUGUUCGGUAGUUUUUUCUUGUAUCGUUUUGUU